AUGGUAGUAGAUGAUGGUGAUGAGAAUGAAAUCGAACAGAUCAAUGACAGAGUUUUUUCAUUAAUUGAAGUCGCAAUCUCAAACUCCAAAGUUCCUGUUCCCAAUAUCACUGUCGUUGGUGUUGUCUACUGUGACGCAUGUUCUAACAAUUCCUUCUCCACUCACAGUUACUUCUUGCCAGGGGCCGAAGUAAGAAUAGAUUGCAAGUUCAAAGCAGCUUCUCCAAGAACCACAGAACAAAUAUCAUUCUCAGUUAACAGAACUACAAACAAACACGGAAUAUACAAAUUGCAAAUUCCUUCUGUUGAUGGAAUCAAUUGUGCUAAAGAAGAAUCACAAGUUCUUAACACAUGCAGAGCUUCAUUAAUCAGAAGCACAUCUCCUGCAUGCAAUGUUCCUGCCUUUAUCACCACUUCCAAUCAAUUCUCUGUUAAGUCCAAACAAGCAAAUCUUUGCAUUUAUAGCCUCUAUGCCUUGAGUUUUAGACCUUCCAAGAAAGAUCUUGCAAUUUGUGGUUAGGACUUUUGACUUUGGUUUAUUUUUGUAUUAUACCGUUGUGUUUUUUCUUGUUGGGAUAUUGGAAUUUGUAAAAUUGUAUCGGAUAUAGCAUUGUGAUUUGUAUUUGGAUGAUAAUUAUAUAAUUAGGUUGAUUUUUUGUUGUAAUAGAAAGAAAUAAAUUGUAUGAUAUUUUAUAAUAAACCAUGCUUUUUCUUGCAUUUAAC